GUGGGUGGUGCCGUAGGCGUGGGCGGCUGCUGCUCCGGGCCUGGGCACAGCAAGCGGCGACGUCAAGCUCCUGGGGUUGGCGCGGUUGGCGGGGGCAGUCCCGAGCGUGAGGAGGUCGGCGCAGGCUACAACAGUGAGGACGAGUAUGAGGCGGCUGCAGCACGCAUCGAGGCUAUGGACCCUGCCACUGUCGAGCAGCAGGAGCAUUGGUUUGAAAAGGCCCUACGAGACAAGAAGGGCUUCAUCAUCAAGCAGAUGAAGGAGGAUGGCGCCUGUCUCUUCCGGGCUGUAGCUGACCAGGUGUAUGGAGACCAGGACAUGCAUGAGGUUGUGCGAAAGCAUUGCAUGGACUAUCUGAUGAAGAAUGCCGACUACUUCUCCAACUAUGUCACAGAGGACUUUACCACCUACAUUAACCGGAAGCGAAAAAACAAUUGCCAUGGCAACCACAUUGAGAUGCAGGCCAUGGCAGAGAUGUACAACCGUCCUGUGGAGGUGUACCAGUAUAGCACAGGUACUUCUGCAGUGGAACCCAUCAACACAUUCCAUGGGAUACAUCAAAACGAGGACGAACCCAUUCGUGUCAGCUACCAUCGGAAUAUCCACUAUAAUUCAGUGGUGAAUCCUAACAAGGCCACCAUUGGUGUGGGGCUGGGCCUGCCAUCAUUCAAACCAGGGUUUGCAGAGCAGUCUCUGAUGAAGAAUGCCAUAAAAACAUCGGAGGAGUCAUGGAUCGAACAGCAGAUGCUAGAAGACAAGAAACGAGCCACGGACUGGGAGGCCACAAAUGAGGCCAUUGAGGAGCAGGUGGCUCGGGAAUCCUACCUGCAGUGGUUGCGGGAUCAGGAGAAACAGGCCCGCCAGGUCCGCGGCCCCAGCCAGCCCCGGAAAGCCAGCGCCACAUGCAGUUCGGCCACAGCAGCAGCCUCCAGUGGCCUGGAGGAGUGGACUAGCCGGUCCCCACGGCAGCGGAGUUCAGCCUCAUCACCUGAGCAUCCUGAGCUGCAUGCUGAAUUGGGCAUCAAGCCCCCUUCCCCAGGCACUGUUUUAGCUCUUGCCAAACCUCCUUCGCCCUGUGCGCCAGGUACAAGCAGUCAGUUCUCGGCAGGGGCCGACCGGGCAACUUCCCCCCUUGUGUCCCUCUACCCUGCUUUGGAGUGCCGGGCCCUCAUUCAGCAGAUGUCCCCCUCUGCCUUUGGUCUGAAUGACUGGGAUGAUGAUGAGAUCCUAGCGUCGGUGCUGGCAGUGUCCCAACAGGAAUACCUAGACAGUAUGAAGAAAAAUAAAGUGCACAGAGACCCGCCCCCAGACAAGAGUUGAUGGAGACCCAGGGAUUGGACACCAUCUCCCAACCCCAGUACUCCUGCUCUCCGGUGCCACCUCACCUUCUUUGGCUUCUUCCCUCUUGCCUCCUUCUGUUCUUUCUGCUCUCCCCCCUUUUCCCUCCUCACUUCUCUCUGGCUAGCCCACCCCUGCGCUCCCUCUCAUUGCCGCUGCCACUAUCACCUGUCUCUCUGCCAGCUGACGUGCCCUGUUGCCCCCCCAACCCCACACAGAACCAUCCCUGCAUUCCACAGGGGACUCGGGCAAGGGUGCCGAAGAUAGACGAGAGGCACACAGAGACAGACCAACUGGCAGCCAGGCAGCCCCAGAGGAGAGAGACAUUCAGACAGAGGAAAGUCUCCCUGCCCCUCAUUCCUUCCAAGAUGAGAAAAACUUGCCUUCCCCCCCCCCACCCACACUCAUGCCAGGGAGGUGGGAGGAAGAAGUGGGAAAUUUCCCUUCCCAGUACCCCAAGAACGUCUGAGCCUUCAAUGUUGAAUUUUUUCUUUAUUAAAAUGUACUUUUAUCUUAUAAAAUCAACUAAUCAAAAAUGAUAUAGACGACAGCAGUGGCUCUGUGAAGGUGGCAUCUCUCUGGGCAGGCAGGCCAUGGGGCAUGGAGGAGGGCACAAAGAUGUGGGUUGCUGUCUUCUGGCCUCCAGCUGCAUGGAGGCCGGCCCAGGGUCUAGGGUGUGCACUGGGCAAGGGCAGGGCAGGGCGGCAGGUGUCAGGUCGGCUUGGACAAUGAAACCCUGACCUUGCUGCAUUCCUUUUGCUUCCACCACCACUAGCCUCUUUGGAAUCUUGGGGUGGGGGGCAUCUUUGGGGAUUAUGGCUGCCACCCGGGAUUUGAGUUAUAAGGAGUGUGGGAGCAGCUUUGGCAGAUGGGGCACCCGUGCCCUGCAGGUGUUGACAAAAUCCACCAUCUGUAAUGUCCUUGGCACAAUAAAACCAAAUGUCAGUUUCCCUGA